AGCGCUGACAGGGAUAUCGGCUAGGCUUUCAUUAAGCGCCGCGUCCCAAAUAGCCGCGCGCGCUCGCCCAUGGGAAGGGCGGAACGAGCGAAAAAAGAAACGGAAGAGUUUGAAAAAUAAGGCGCAGCCGAUCGCGCACCAGCCCUUUUUAUACACGCGCGCGCGCGCGAACGCGACACGUCGAUCGAUCGUCGCAUCACGUGCUGCGAGUCUCUCGAAAUUAGGUCGGCGCCUUUUUUUUAUUUUAGUUCGAGCUCGCCGGGUAUACCGAGGUUUAUUCGCCACUUUUGUUGAGUUUCCCGGCACGUUUUUCGGAGCGGGCCACUCCGCGAGCGACUGCGUAAUAAUCCGCGACCGGUUCUCUUGUGUGUACGCACCAGGCUACGCUCGUAUGUAUACCGAGAGUUUUACGAGUUUGCUCGCUCGAUUUUCACUCUGUGUUGUCUCUCUCUCCCGCCGCUCUCUCGAGGCUCCAGUUGAGUUGCGCGUCCAUUUAUAGCCGGUCGAAAAUGAGCGAUCUCUCUUGUAAAAUUAGAAGGCGAGAGAAAAAGAAGAGGAAAGCAAAUUCGCCUUUCGAUCCACGCGGCGUAUUUUAUCGAAGUUUUUCGUGUAUUUUUACCUCGUGUUUACCACGUGGCUUAGUCAGUGCCUAAAUUUAACGCUAUUACUCCAAACGCACGAGAGAGAGAGAGAGAGAGAGAGAGAGAGAGAGAGAGGGAGAGAGAGAGCUGCCAUAGGCGACGAGAGGCAGUUCGAUUCGUCGAUCGGGCGAAUUAUCGGAUCAGAGUGACGUCAUGCUGCGGCUGCUACUCCCUGAAGUCCGGCGCGAUCUUCAGCGGAAUAAUGUGCAUCAUACUGUCCGUCAUCGCGAUCGUACUUCUCUUCACAACGAAUAUUCAGUUUAAAGUUAUAAUCUUCGACCUCAAUUCAACGAUCGUGAAAAUAAUUUAUACGAUCAAUCUCGUCAUGACGAUUAUCCUCUCGCUGUGCUUGACGAUAGGAGCUAUAAGGAAAAACAUCCUGCUGAUGCUGCCAUGGGUAGUCCUGGGAGUCUUGAUUUUGAUCGCGUUGCUCUUCAGCGUCAUCUUCACCUCGGUCGCGUACUUCAUAGAAAAGAAAGAAGUCCACCACGUCCUGUACGGAGUAUUGGCCCUGCUGUUCGGUCUUCUCGCGUUCGUAAUUUGUACCUACUUCUGGAUAGUGACCUACAGCUACUUCCAGCAGCUGAGGCAGGAGAAGAACAGCCUGAAGAUCGGUCCUUACGGAAGACCCUACUCUUACCAGCGGCCUUGAAUACGAAACUGAAAGGACGUAUACUACAAACGACUUCUUCGUAAAUCUCACUCAAGACUUGAAUAUUAUAAUUGUAUAAUUUCUACGCGCUCGCUAUUCUCGAAAGCUUUUUUUUAAUGUUGAAUGGGCGAGAACGCUAAUGAAUCUCAUUCUUUUUAUACACAAAGGCCUUGAAAUAUGAAGCAACUCACUGUGUUCAAGCUGGAAUAUUAAAUUUUUUGAAAUCAUAAUAUAGAGAGAUCUGACAUCGUAUUGUGAUUAUUUUUAUAUUUAUAGCAUUUUUUAAAUAGUGUAUUCGCUAAUGAGAUUUCGAUGUUCUACAU